AUGCUACGCGCAGCCGGCAGCGGGAUGCUACGCGCCGCCGGGAGAGGGAUGUUAGGCGCCGCCGGAAGAGGGAUGCUACGCGCCGCCGGACGAGCGAUGAAGAGAACCGGCGUAGCCAAAGGCGGUAUUCAAGAUCCCUUUGCUUCAUCACCGUCGACAGCAGCUGGGAACGCUUCUGUCUCGCUAGGUGGAGGGUAUGUCCAUAGAGUUGGAUCAAACAAUCUGAGAAUCUCGGCGGCAUCAGGGUCGCUGUUGAAUCUUCCGGUGGCUAUAACCUCCAGAUGGACCGGGGGCGCUUUUUCGUUUAACAGUUACGGCGCUUACGAAGACUUUGAGUGGGUUACGGUGGAAGGAACCGAAGAAGAAGAAGAAGAAGAUGACUCUGUUUUUAGCUCUGUUCCUUCUGUUGAUGAAGUCGAAGAUGCUGUUUCUGCUCUUAAGCAGUAA